GAUUGUAUCGUAUCAGAAACGGACGAAGAAACGUGCGACGAAGACGAAGUUAAAAAAGAAGACCCUGUCUUGCCCAUCAAACCCGUUUCUUCUGUCUCACAAUCAUUUGCCGAAGAAGCGAAAGAUGAAGAGGAGAAUAACUUGAUUCUGGGAACUCCUACUUCCCAGCGUCGACGCAGCGGUGUGCCUGGAACGAUCGGAAAGGAAGCAGUAUUGGAGACGAAACCCCGGCCGCGGUUCACGGCGCUCGUGACGUCCUCAUUAACUGCCCGCGAGAAUGUAGCUGUGCAAAAAUUUGUGAAGCGGUUCAACGUGCCCUACGCGCGGGAUUUCAGUGGGGCAGAUGGGUGCGAAGUGAGUCACGUGAUCGUGCAUCAGGACGAGGAAACCGGAGGAACCCCGCGAACCAUGAAGUACCUGAUGGGCAUCUCGAGGAAGAAUUACGUCGUCACCGUCGGCUGGCUCUUGAAGUCUCUCCGGGAAGGAGCCCUCGUCGAUGAGGACGAGUUUGUUGCCGUUGGAGACGAGGGACCGAAAAAGACUUUGGAGGUGCUUCGAAAGCCGCUGGACGGAAUCACAAUAUGCAUCAAGUCCUGGGAGAAAACUAUGAAAUUGGACGAGCUGAAGACACUUGCGACUAACAUGGGUGCUGUCAUCUUGAGCAAUUUGUUGGAGUACACUGGUGUUGGAUUUCUCGUCGUCUUGGUGUCGGAGGAGUCUUAUGACAAACGACUCGCUGAACGACUGUGGGGCUUCGGUGCAGCACUAGUAUGUGUGGAAUGGCUCAUUGAGUGCGUGUCAACCUACAGUUGUGUUCCCUUGUACGAGUAUUUCUUCCACGUGGAACUGAGGGACAGUUUGUUGUCGCUCGACUUUGAGCCAGCGGAACUGUUCCAGAUGCCCAUGGAUUUGUCGCAGGAAACUAAUGCACCGCUUCAAUCGAACCACGUUAAAGGCGUCAGUUUUGGUACAGUUUUGUAGAGAAGCCUGUGCAGAAGGAAGAAGAUUGAAAGCUGGAUUUCUUCCUGAUUGAGGGUGGAAAAUCAUUGGUAUGGUUUCCUGUGACUUUUCGGUUCUUUGUUUUUUAUACGAUUUCUUGAGAAAAUGCCAUAAAGCAGAUGCGAGAACUUGAA